CGUGUAUAUAUAUAUAUAUGCGCGACUGUCUCUGAAAAAACCCUCGCCGUGGCGGCGGAGCUCAGCCUGCUAUUUAUAUCAUCGCCACCGCAGAGCGCUAGAUUCCCGUUGGGGACAGAGCAGAAAGGUGUGACAGAAACACCAUCUCUCUCUCUCUCUAGAGUCCCAAACAUGCCUUCCAUUUCAACCCUCGCCUGGGAGACCUUGCUCGAACCCAGAGUUCGGGAUUCCUUCAAAAACACCUUGAAUUCGCAGCAACAAAUCCCCAAAUCUUCCAUUGUUGUUGAUGAUGAAGACGAAGAAGAGAAGAAGAACAAGAAGAGGACUCAAACCCCGAAUCACAUAUACAUAUCACCGGCUCUGUAUACAACUCCGGCACCAGCUCCGAUCCCCGACUCUUCCUUUCCCCUCUCGCCCUCUCCUUAUGUCGUCAACCACAAGCGGCGCGGCGGAGACGCCGUCGCUCGUCGUGCCGGCGGAUUUGAUGAGACUCCGCAGCUCAAGUCUCCUCCAGAUGGUGAGACCGAUUCGAAUUCAAAUGGUGAUGUUGUUGUUGUUGUUGAAGAAGUCGUGGAUGAUGGUGUUUUUGGUAUGGAGACUGGUGGUGAGGACAGAGAUGGAGGUUCUGUGGUGGCGGUGGUGGAUGAUUUCUUCGAUCCUCGAUGUGAGUCGGUAAGUGUUGGUAGCUCUGCUGGGGUUGAUGAUUUUGGGAAGCAAGUUGGGUGUCCGAGCUUUGUGUCUAAUCAAGGCGAAUUCUUUGAUGCCAGUGAAGAUUUCUCCACUGAUGGGUCUACUUCAAAUUUUUCUUCUUAUGGACCAAGAAUUGAAUCGGAGCUGCGUGCCACAAGACUCAGUCUGCUUGAGGAGAUUGAGAAACGAAAGGCUGCAGAAUAUGCUGUUGGCCAAAUGUACACUCAGUGGCAGAGGCUAGGCAAUCUUUUAUCCCAAGUGGGGCUAACAUUUCCUACAGCGCCAAAUGCCACUAGUAUGCAGUUUGAGAUUGAUUCGUUAGAGCAAUUGUGCCAGGAACUACUAGUUACUAGAUUUGUUGCUGAAGCAAUAGGAAGGGGUCAAGCACGUGCUGAGGCUGAAAUAGCUGCAGAAGUAAUCAUUGAAUCUAAAGACCAGGAAAUCUCCCGAUUGCGAGACAGGCUGCAAUACUAUGAAGCUGUUAAUCGUGAAAUGUCCCAGAGGAACCAGGAAGUAAUGGAGGUUGCACGGAGGCAGCGACAAAGGAGAAAGACCCAGAGACGGAGGUGGUUAUGGGGUUGUGUUGGGCUAUCCGUGGCAAUUGGGACUUCUGUGAUUGCUUACUCGUAUCUUCCACACACGAGCAAGCACCAUACAUCCCAAAGUUCUUGUGGCUCGUCUGAUGCUUCUUGCAUCAAUGUGGUAGAAUCAGCUUAGAGCAGUAAUUUUACAGUGAAUUUGUAUGAUCCAAACUUUCAAAUGCUCUCCUUUUUACGUUAUUGAGAGGAUCUUGCGAGAUCUUGUAGAUUGGCCUGGUUGCUUCUCGGAGAAUUUUUGUUAGUAUUUGUCAUCUUGGAACCAAAUUUGUUCUCGAGAUGGAGAUCCCUCGAGGUUAGUUGGUGGUAAUAUUUUGUAUGUUUAAUUCUACCUGUGAGAUCGAAUAGCUCACCACAAUAAUAAAGUCGACAAUGUGAAAAGUUUUGAAUUUUUUUA